CGGCCCCCGCCGUGCUCUUUAUUGGGAGUUCCAUCUUCCGCCGUUAGGGUUCUAGGUUGGCCGCUGGGGUUUCUGCGGAACUGAACCGGAGAAGGAAGCGAUGGCUCCGCAGCCGAAUACUGGGCUCUUUGUCGGGCUGAACAAAGGCCACAUCGUCACCAAGCGGGAGUUGCCUCCUCGCCCAUCCAGCAGAAAAGGGAAAACCAGCAAAAGGGUGCACUUUGUGAGAAGCUUAAUCAGGGAAGUUGCUGGGUUUGCUCCUUAUGAGAAGAGGAUUACUGAGCUUCUUAAAGUUGGAAAGGACAAGCGUGCAUUGAAAGUGGCAAAGAGAAAAUUGGGUACUCACAAGAGAGCCAAGAAGAAGCGUGAGGAGAUGGCCAAUGUUCUGAGGAAGAUGAGGUCUGCUGGAGUGACCGAGAAGAAGAAAUGAUGUAGUUGGGGGGACUGCCAUGGUCCCAGCGCAGAAUUUUCCAACAUCUCAACUUUUUUGAAUUAUGGGAGCUUAAGAAGUAUAUUUCUUUGUAUGCUCUCUAAUGUGGGGUCUUAUAGACAGCCAGACAAAUUAUUUUUGAAAUUUGACUAAUUUUAGGAAAUCUUUGUUUGGACUUUUGAGUGUUGUUUUCUUCAUCUGUAGUGUUGAAUUAGUCACGGAGAGGAUGAUUCAGUAAAGUCGCUCCAUUAUGACAUUAAGAUUAUAGAAAGAAAGAGCCUCUGCAUGUGAGGGUAUGGCUGCAUA